AUGCAGAGCAACGGAUACGGGGCGCAGGGAAACGCGCCGCCGCCGGGGCCGUACGGACAGCAGGGCGGGCUGCCGGGGAUGAACUACGGUGGGGUCCCGCGUCCCGGAGGGCAGUUCGCGCAGCAGCGUCCGAUGGCGAACCCACCGGGGAUGCAGGGGGCACCAGCCAUGCCCAGGGCGGUCAUGGGCGGCGCGGCGCGACAAGGUUCGCUGCCGCUGCCGUACGGAGGCGUGCCGGGCCAACCGCCGGGAAUGAUGAGUAACGCGAACGCGGGGGCGCAAGGAACGAUGGCCCAGGGCGGCAUGAGCUCGGGCAUGGGCGCGGCGCAGCGUGGGGUGAUGUUGGACAGAUCGCAAAGUCAGCCGGUGGGCUUAGGGCAAGGCGGCGUCCCGGCAAACCUUCAACGCGCGUCCAGCGGAUUGCCAAUGCCGAGCGCAGGGGUGGGAAUGACCGCACCUAGAACGGUUGGUAUGAUGAGCUCUGGACCUGUACCGCGAGCGUAUCCUACGAUCGGCAGCCAAGGCGAUAUGAACAGUUUGCCGAAGAUGCAAGGUGCGGGCGGUCUGGAGUUGGGUUCUUCCGCGGGCAUGGGUGGCGGUUUGGGUGGGUUCAACCAGGAUCAAAAGGCGCCAGGGUUUGAUGACUCGGAGUUUCCGACGCUUGGUGGUGGUGGUGGUGGUGGUAUGCCUCAGCGCGUGGCCUCGUUCGGGAAUGGAUACGGAAUGCCGGGUGAAGGACACGAGAGCGUGUAUGAUUUUGGCAAGCCUCAGCGGGACUUUAGCAUGGAGAAGGAGGACUUCCCCGCCUUGGGUGGGAAAGGGCCCGGUAACAUGGGUGGACUCGUCCCUCCGCAGAGCUUGGACUCAAAGGACGGUGCCGGGGUCUCUUAUCCUCCUUUGGCGCGUCAGAGCUCGGGCGGCGUUGGUUUCGGCACGCAAGCUCCGGGGCGUCAAGGUGGCGCUCCCGGCGGGUUUCAGUUCGAAGGAGGCGCGCCACCGCCUCCUGUGAAGUCCAGUGCUAGUCCGACUGGACCGAGCGGAACGUUGCAGAAGGAUCGGUACGGCUUGCUUGGUUUGCUGCCGGUGAUUCGAAUGGUGAAUCCAAACGUGUCCACACUUGCCCUCGGUGCAGACCUCACCAUGCUCGGCCUGAACCUGAACUCUCCCGACAGCUUGUGCAAGUCGUUUACGUUACCGUGGAAUGAUUCGGCGCCAAACAACGACUUGGAACUCACGAUUCCGUCUGCGUACUCGCAGCAAGUGUGCCGUUGUCAUCCGGCGGUGUUUGCGAAGUUCCAGCAGGAAACGCUGUUUUACAUCUUCUACAGUAUGCCCGGAGAAGAGUCUCAGUUAUUCGCUGCGGACGAGCUAGUGCAACGCGGUUGGGGGUUCCAUAAGGAACUCAAGGCUUGGCUGAUGCGCGUGGCGAACACUGAAGCGGCGAACCAAACAGAGCAGGGCGAGCGAGGAUCCUUCUGGGUGUUCGAUCCCAUCGCUUGGGACCGAGUUCGGAAGGAUAACUUCACCCUUCAGUACGAUCAGUUAGAGACGCGUCCGACGGUUCCCGCGCGCGUCGAAACGGGUUUGCGUUGA